CUUAGACAACCGUAUGUUUCAAUGCAAUAAUUUCAAGUGCUUGACUUAGUUAGGGAAGCGUCAACAAAAUCAAGGAUAUUACAUACAAGUCCGUCCCCACAGACUGUUAAAGUUACCUUUUGCAGAUGGUGUUAAUACCACACAAAUGUGAUGUUCAGUGUGCUAGGUAAAGUUGUGAGCUACUUUUGGACAGAAGAGGAAGAAUAUAGCCAUAAUGUAAAUAUUGUUGCUUCUCCAAAAACCGGAAAUGACGCUGAGAAAAAUAAAAGUAUAUCAAAUUCUUCUGCCCAGACCAAAAGUAUUGAUGGAAAAGUGACACACCUUUAUAAUACCCACGGCCUGAUAGACAAAGAAAUUUACUUUUCUUUUGAUGCAGUACAGGGUGAUAAAUAUCCAGUAGUAGGUGAUAAUGUGACAGGGGUUGCCAAGCAACAACACUCAGAUGGAGGCUGGCAUGCAGAACAAGUGAUUCUUUGUAAUGAUUUUUGGGAUGAAGAUGGAGAUGAUGUUGUUGAGGAUCUCUCAGAACCUGAUGCAGUUGUUGGUGUUGUAACCAAUUUUAAAGGUACAGAAGGGUUCAUUAAUGGUUAUAUUCAUUUCACUUUCCAGCAAAGUGAUGUUAGGGAAGAUCAUUUCUGUCCUUGUAAUGGAGAUUAUGUCACAGUGGACAUUACAAAAACCAAUACAGGCCAAAUUGAAGGUCGGAAUGUCAAACCUUUACGUGUAGAGGAAAGAGAAGGCAAAGUCACUGGAGCAUUACAGAACCAUGGAUACAUUGACGGAGAAAUCUUCUUCAACUAUUGUGUAUGUAAAGAAGAGUGGCACCCUCAACAGUGGGACAAGGUCAAGGUUGUUGCCAUAGAGAGUGCCCAGGGAAAAAACAGUUGGCGUGCUGUCAGGGUAGAGCCGAUAACAACAUCUUAUACUCCCAGUGCUAAAUUUCUAGUUAGUCCUACAAAGUCAUCUUUCCUUGAGGACUUGCAGCGAGACAAAAAUGGAAUAGUGGUUUCCAUGAAAAAUGACUAUGGAGAUAUAAAAAUUGGGGAAACAAAGAAAAUGUUGAUAUGGAUUGAAAAUAAGGGGAAAUCACCCCAGUUAUUUCAGAGAUGCCACUUUCCAGCGGAGGCAACACAAUUACGAGUGGAGAGUGUGAAGUUACUGCAGGAACAUGGUGCCAGAAUGGCUGCAGGAAACCAGCCUGCAACAGGGGACAUAACUCUGUACCCAGCAGCCUCACUCUAUAUAAAUAUAGUCCUGGAGCCUAGAUCGGUUGGCCUGGAGAAACAGCUUUUUGUCGUCACAUUUAAGGACUUUCGAAUCGGUCGCUACAUCACAGCUAAUAUACAGGAUGCUUACAGUAACCUGGUGGCUUCUGGCCCACAAUACCAACAGCAGAACAGAAAUGCAUUGUCUAGGUAUCGAAGGUCAGUUAGUACACCAACAGGCUGGACUGUCCCCGGAGAAAAACCUUCCAGGAUGGGAUGGCGUAAGUUAUAUCUUCCCUGUCGUCUGCCGAUGUUUCCAGUUCCAGAAAGACUACAAGACUGUAUCCUUGAAGGCGAGGAUGUGGAGGACGUGGCUCCAGUUAUAGAACAGGACCUGGUAUAUGAGAACUAUACUGCAAGAUUCCAAGCUCUGCUGCAUUUGGAGGAGAUUCAGAUGGACAUCGACAUCAGAGAGUUUGACCUGGAAAGGGUUAACUUCCGUCCAAUGCGUGAGUUUCUGGCGCUGAAGGUACCUGGUCUGGCUGAAGGUCGUCCUUCGGUCCUGAUUGGAGACAAGAUUAUCGUCACAGAGCCUGGGGACUCGAUUGGACCAGCUUAUGAAGGAUAUGUUCAUGAGCUGAUGAGUGAAGAUGUGCUGUUAAAAUUCAAUCAAGACUUCCACCUGACAAAUAACGGCAAGGAUUUCAAUGUCGUCUUCACCUUCAACAGGACACCUCUGAGACGAUGCCAUCAGGCGAUAAACUUUGCUGUUAAUUUGGGUGAAAACGUGCUGUUUCCCAGCAUGCUGUUGCCAAAGUUGUCCCGCAUGCUGACCUCAAAGAAAAGCAGAGCAGAUGUAGUUCCUCUCAACUCACAAAAACAUACAUCUCACAAAGUGCAGUCAUUGACCUACUACAACACAGAUCUUAAUGCUCAGCAGAAGGCUGCUGUAACUCGCAUCUUACAGGGACAGUGUCGCCCCCUACCCUACAUUCUCUUUGGACCUCCAGGGACUGGAAAAACCAUGACAGUAGUGGAAGCCAUAAUUCAGAUUCUGAAGAAGAUGUCUUCAAGUCGGAUCCUGGCCUGUACCCCUUCCAACAGUGCUGCAGACCUUAUAGCAGAGAGGAUACAUGAUAGUGGACAAGUAAAAACAUCUGAUAUGGUGCGAUUAAACGCUGCCCAGAGAAACAUGGAGACUGUUCCAGAUUGCGUGAAGCCAUAUUGUUGCUAUGGUGAUAAUCUUGACCUUGCCAGUCACUACCGUGUGGUGGUUUGUACUUGUGCUUCCGCUGGAAUUCUCUACACCCUCGGGAUCAAGGCUGGUCACUUCUCCCAUGUAUUUGUAGAUGAGUCAGGCCAAGCGACAGAACCAGAAUGUUUGAUACCCUGUGGGAUGGUGGCCGGAACAGAUGGUCAGAUUGUACUGGCGGGAGACCCUAUGCAACUUGGACCGGUUUUACGAUCCAAACAUUCACGGAAAUAUGGUCUGGAGCUCUCCUUUCUUGAAAGGCUGAUAAAUUCACCAUUGUAUCAAAGAAAUGAAAGCAUGUUUGCUGACCAUGGCUGUUAUGACCCUCUCCUGGUGACAAAAUUAGUGGACAACUAUCGUUCUCACUCAGCUAUUCUAUCAUUGUCAUCACAACUGUUUUAUCAUGAUGAACUAAGGGAAAAAGCUGACAAACAGGUCACACAUGCCUUGUGUGAUUGGCACAUGCUGACCAACAAAGAUUUUCCAGUCCUCUUCCAUGGGAUAAGGGGUGAGGAUACUCGAGAAGGAGAUAGUCCAUCAUGGUUCAAUCCAGCAGAAACUGUACAGGUGGUAAAGUACCUACAGGGACUGAUGCGAGAUGAAACACAUUGUGUGGUUACCGGAGAUGUGGGAGUGAUAACUCCAUAUAGGAAACAGGUGGAGAAAAUUCGCCUGCUGAUUGACAAACUUGGGAUGGAUAUGGUCAAGGUUGGGUCAGUGGAGGAAUUCCAAGGUCAGGAGAGAAGGGUCAUCAUCAUAUCAACGGUACGAUCCAAUGAACGUCUCAUAGGGUUUGAUAUAAAGCAUGCUCUUGGUUUCUUGAGCAAUCCAAAAAGGUUCAACGUAGCCAUCUCCAGGGCCCAAUGUCUCCUCAUCAUUAUUGGCAAUCCAUUUGUUCUCUCACAGGAUAAGUAUUGGCAAACACUAAUACAUUACUGCAUAGAAAACAAGGCCUACACAGGAUGUGACCUUCCUGACCUCUCACAACUGGAGCAGGUGAAAGAGACAUGAACUGAAGUUUUAUUUUAAUUUCAAAGUUUUGUCAGGAGAAUGAUAGUGUUCUUAAUCUGGUUAGUACUCAAGUUAUUAUAACAUUACAGUUACAUGUCGGAUGGAAUAACUAAAUGAUACGGAUUCUGUGAGUAUGAUAUUUUUUUGUGAAUAUUUACAAACUAUUUCACUCUGUAUAUGUGGACAGAUGUGGUAACCACUGCACUCAUUGAAUAAACAUCUUUUUGAUAACAGUUGAAAUGUAAAGGUUCCAGAAAACAACAAAUUAUAGUAUAAUACAUAAUUCAUACAUUUAAAUAGAUGUCUAUGAAAAAGUUCUGUUAAUAAGAUUUUAAUCUACUCUAUACCCUUGGAUAAUGUGGGCAAGAUGGCUUCAAAACUGAAAUAUCUGUGACCUCUUUGUGUUAUAUGUGGGCAAGAUGGCUUAAAACCAGAAAUAUCUUACUUUUUUUGAUAAUGACAAAAGAAUUUUACAAAGCAAAUAUUCAGAGUUAUAAAACAAGAAAUCCAGUGAAAAACCAUGAUUCUUUUGAUUUUGCUAUAACAUAUUCAGUGGGUGGAGAAAUAUCUAAAUUUCAUGUUAGAUCAGUAUUUUACCAAACUUUUUAACCCAUCAUACAGGUCUGUGUGUCUGUAAACAAUUUUUGUUAUUUCUUGAGAAGAACUUGAUAAAUGUCUCUCAAAUUUCAUAUGUAGGUUUCCCUUGGUCCUCAGUUGUGCCCGUUUGAUUUUGGGACUGAUCAGAAAAACAAAAUACCUGACAGAUGCCCAUAUUGCAUUUUUACAAGGAGCUUUUUUAAUACUAUUACUUAAGAGGUACUCUAUAGAUCGCUGUCACAUUUGAUAUGUAGGUUCCCCUUGGUCCCGAGUAAUGCCUGUUGUAUUUUCGGACUGAUCAGAUGAACAAAAUGGCUGACAGACUGAAUUUUGCAGUUACAGAUUAUUAUCAAUAUUUCUUCAAAGGAAAGUUCAAAUUUCGUAAAAAAAAAACAGACAGAGGAAGGAAGAGAAAAGAAAGAAAAAGAUCCAACCUUUAAAGAAGAAUUAAGAUCAAACAGUUGUGGGGAUCAAGAUCUCUCUGGGAUUUCUAGCAUUAAUUAUGUUAAUCUCGAUUUUGUUAUUUCCCCAUUUUACUGAUAAGCUGACUCUAAUUCUUAUCACCUGGCUGAAAAAAUGACAAAAUGUAUGAAUCCAUUAAAUCAAUCAAUGAUGAUGAUAAGACGUCUCUAUUAUCUAAAAUUGAUCAAUUGAUUAGCAUUGUCUACUGUCAAGUCUCAAAAUGUUAGUGAAUGUUAAGUUUUAUUGGCCGGGUUGCACAUAGUGCAAAUCCAGGUUAUAGUAUAGUGAAUGUCGGGCGAACGGGCGGGGAAAAGGGGUACCAGUUUUGUAGAUUCAACUCCUAGAGUUUUUGACAUAGAAGCUUCAAAUUUUAUAGGAUGUUUAAAUAUAUGUUGAAGAUGUGCACCUAUUAAUUUAGGAUUCAUUCCGGACUUUUCUUCUUGAUUUUCAAGGCUUUAGAACUUAGUCAUUUUCAACAGUCUGGCGUGAAAAAUCCAAGAUGACACCCUUAACUGUCCAUAUAACAUUGCACACAUCCCACAACUCGGCCAAUCGUGGCUUUGCCUCAUUUUUUUUUAAAAAUUUAAUCAAUAUAAGAUCAUUCAUUGCUUUUUAUUUUUUACUUUUUAUUGUCAUAUUCAUCUCAUUUUCUUUCUCCCAUCAGUCACUAAUUUUUCUUUCUAUCCACUUUAUCCAAUGACAGGAUAUAAACACGUUGUAAUGUAAAAAAAAAGUUGUGAAUAAUGUCAUAUGAUAAAACAGUUAUCAAUCUGUUUUCCGGUUAAUAUAAUGAUUUAUCAAUACAUUGGCCUUGGGGAUUUCAACUUUCUCAGGUUAAUUAAUCGUCAUAUCCUCCUGAAAACAAGUCUAUAAUUGGAGUGUACACAUGUGAAACAUUUUGUUGAUGUUGGUUAGUAUAUAAAGAAAAGAAAUUAUUGCAUCACAAACAGAAAAUCAUAUGAUGUUAUGAAUGACCACAUUCUGAUCUCCAGAGUUACUUCCCUUUGUUUCACUCUUUCAGAUGCUGUAGCGAUAUGAUUGACGGCCAUUGGGGGCUGAAAAUGAAAGACCGUGGCCAUUGUGAAAUUUCUUUCCAGUUAGAUUUGUGAUUGUGAAAUUAAAUAUAAUAUUCUUUACAUUAAGUCUUUUUUAGUAUAAAGAGCACACAGGGCUAAAUUGUUUUGCCAUUUUUUUGCUUUGCACAUAUCCCAUAAUAGUUUCAGAAUUUUAUGGAGUGUAUGACAAAAAUCGAGAUAUUGUUGCAUCGUUUUGAUGGUGAAAUUCUGUUUGACGUCUAGCAUAAUGCAAGUCCCUAGAAGCUUAUUGUGAAGCUAAAUGUUUCAUGUCUGGACAUUCUCUACCCCCAUCGGCUCUCAAGCUUAAUGCUAUAGCAUCACAUACUGACAGAGUAAAAACGAGGGCAGCAAUUCUCCGGGAUCAAAAUGGUGUAUGGAUGGAUGGGAAUUAAGAGGUUAUUGGUGUGAAAAUUGGGUAAUUUGAGUCAAAGAUUAACAUGGUGCUAGAUCUGUACUGAAUUACAAUGUGAUAAAGAAAAAAAGUGAGUUUGUAUUAGACGUUAAAGCAUAUGUCACACAUUCUCAUUUCUGUAUUUUUUUUUUAAUUGUAUCAUCACGUUUUAUCAUUAUUAUCUAUAUACUGUGAUUCAUGAUGUCAUUUGAAUGGAGCAAUAAUUAU